UUUGGCAAAAUUUCUCACCUUCAGGAGUUUGACAGGGAAGGGAAAGAGGAAGAGACAUGGGCAGUGGAGCAAGUGCUGAGGACAAGGAAAUGGCCAAAAGGUCCAAAGAGCUGGAAAAGCAGCUACAGGAAGAUGCAGAUAAGGAAUCGAGGACAGUCAAGCUGCUGCUGCUUGGUGCUGGUGAAUCAGGGAAGAGCACUAUUGUAAAGCAAAUGAAAAUUCUCCAUCAAGGUGGUUACACUAAGGAAGAACAAAUUGCAUUUAAAAGCAUCAUCUAUGGUAACAUCCUACAGUCUGCACUGGCCCUCAUCAGAGGCAUGGAAAUGCUUGGUAUUACCUACGGAGCACCAGCAGCACAGGAAGACGGUCAGAAGCUGCAGAACCUAGCGGACUCAACCGAGGAUGGCACGUUGCCCAAGGAGCUGGCAGAUAUCAUUAAAAGAUUGUGGAAGGACUCGGGCGUGCAGGCCGCCUAUGAGAGAGCAGCCGAGUAUCAGCUCAACGACUCUGCUGGCUAUUACCUGAGUGACAUGGACAGAAUCUGUGGUGCUGAUUACAUCCCAACAGAGCAGGAUGUGCUGAGGUCUCGAGUCAAAACCACUGGUAUCAUUGAAGAACAGUUUGGCUGCAAAGAGCUGCACUUUAGGUAAGCCAGUCAACUCCUGAUCAGCGAUUCCUACUUCAUGUUCUUAAGACCACCAUUUUUAAGACACAGAUUGUCAAGUUCCAAAAAUCUUUCUGCUAGUGAAUUCAACCUGUCUUCUUUCCACUUCAGGAUGUUCGAUGUGGGGGGCCAAAGGUCAGAGAGGAAGAAAUGGAUCCAUUGUUUUGAGGGUGUGACCUGCAUUAUCUUUUGUGGAGCUCUGAGUGCUUAUGACAUGGUGUUGGUAGAGGAUGAUGAAGUGAAUCGCAUGCAUGAGAGUCUUCAUCUAUUCAACAGCAUCUGCAACCACAGGUUCUUUGCAAAAACUUCUAUUGUGCUUUUCCUCAAUAAGAAAGAUCUCUUUGAGCAGAAGAUCCAGAAAGUUCACCUCAGCAUCUGCUUCCCUGAAUAUAAUGGUCCAAACACGUAUGACGACGCCAGCCUUUAUAUCAGGAAGCAGUUUGAGGAGCUGAACAUGAAGAAAGGUGAAAAAGAAAUCUACUCACACCUGACCUGUGCCACUGACACAAAAAACGUGGAAAUCGUGUUCAAUGCUGUGACAGACAUCAUCAUCAAGGAAAACCUUAAGGAUUGUGGUCUGUUCUAA